AUGGCAGGACGGAACGAGGGAGAAAAGAACAAGAGGAUCCAAAGGGUGUCAGACCAGACUAAACGCCAGGGGCCGGACAGGCUAGAGGGCGGGCAGGGGGCAGCUGUAGGCCGGCAAAUGCGGAGGGAGGGACGCUACCGCAGCCACGCGUGCGCGGGGCCUGGUACAGGCAACGAGAUGGCGAAGCAAGCAAUGGACGAGCUAAGAAGCGACCAGGAAACCAGUAGAGAAGGGACCAAGAGCGGCGGGGCACAGCAUAAAGGCGCCCGCGAGCUGAAACGGCCGGCGCGGAGCGGCAUAGUGGGUGGUGCGAACAAAAACAGCGAGGAGGCAGGACGGAGAGCGAAAACGUCAGGAGCAAGACGAGAAGUGGCGAGAACGGAGAAAACGAGUAACGCAGGGCGUCAAUCCGGGGGCAAAGACUCGCCGAAGCGGGAACAAAGACGGACGGGCGUGACAGGAAAGGGAGAGCUCGGCGAGAGGGGGCCGCGUACGAAAAUGAGUAGGACUGAGAGGGAGAGAUGA